GGUUUGGCACACUAGGAACACACAGACAAACGGACACACUAGCACAGCGCUCAAGGCCCUUGUAUGGACCCUGCCCCUUCCUCCCACGUUGUCCAGGGCUGUCUGCACACCCACUGCUCCAGGCUUCAGCUUCCUUCUCAGCCUGGGACCCACACAGCAUUGAGGGAUCCAGGAGUCAGCCUCGCAACUACCAGCAAUCUUGACCUAGUCCCAGGUCCAGCCAGCCCUAACAUGGCAAGGGAGUAUCAAGAUUUUCAGCAUCUGGACAACGAGGAUAAUGACCAUCAGUUCAGACAAGGGCCACCUCCUUCCCAACCACUAUUUCAGCGACUCUGCUCUGGACCCUUCCCCCUCCUGCUCUCCCUGGGCCUCAGUCUUCUGCUGCUGGUGGUCGUCUGUGUGAUUGGAUCCCAGAACUCCAAGCUGCAGGAAGAGCUGCAGGCCCUGAGAGAGAUGGUCAGCAACCUCACAGUGAGCACAGAGGCUGAGUUCAAGGACCUGCGCACCCAUGGAGGAGGGGUUGGCAGUAAGAUGAAGGCCCUGGAGUCCCAGCUGGAGAAACAGAAGCAGGACCUGAAUGAAGAUCACUCCAGCUUGCUGCUCCAUGUGAAGUCAUUUGUGUCUGACUUGCGAAGCCUGAGCUGUCAGCUGGCCAUACUCCAGGGCAACGGCUCUGAAAAUAGCUGCUGCCCUGUUAACUGGGUAGAGCAUGAAGGCAGCUGCUACUGGUUCUCCAGUACUGGGAAGUCCUGGCCUGAGGCUGAGAAGUACUGCCAGCUGGAGAACGCACAGCUGGUGGUGGUCAACUCCUUGGAGGAGCAGAAAUUUGUCCAGCACCACAUGGGCCCUGGGAAUACCUGGAUCGGCCUCACCGACCACACUGGACCCUGGAAAUGGGUGGAUGGUUCAGACUAUGAGAAGGGCUUCCAGAACUGGAGACCAGAGCAGCCGGACGACUGGCACGGGCAUGGGCUUGGGGGAGGCGAGGACUGUGCCCACCUCACAGAUGAUGGCCGCUGGAAUGAUGACGUCUGCCGGAGGCCCUACCGCUGGGUCUGUGAGACAGAGCUGCACAGGGCUGGCAAGGAGCCUCCUCCCCGCUAAUUUGUUUUCUCAGUGCCUCCUCCUACUGAAGGGGACCUUCUUCUCCGGGGGUCUCUUUAUAUUCUCAGGGGUUUUCAUGUAGGAUUUUAAGAGAAAGGGAGAGAAUGGUAUCUGAGGGAUGAAAAUGAUGUCCGGAGGGGUGGGAGCAUUGAAACCAUGCCACUUUCUGCAGUGUGCAGGUUGUUAUGUCAACUUUUUUUCGAGUAAAAAGAAGAGAAAUAU